GAAGAAGAAGCAGGCUAAACAGUAGCAAGCGAGCUAGCGCCACCAGUUGCUGUUGUAAUGUUGGCGAGUCAAGCCGGGGAGGACUGUCCUGGGACGGCGGUGUCCUGCAAUACUGUUGCCAAAGCAUUUGGAUAAGACUGGUGCUUCAUUAUGCGGCGGGGGGAGCACGUUUCACGGGCUUUCCAGGCCCCGGUGGACGUCCAUGCCAGUGCAGAUGGCCAGGUUUACAUGUUCAACAGGAGGCCCAAUGAGUCCUCAGAUGACGAGGAGCUCAACGUCAUGGAGAUGAGGCCACGCAUUUACCAGGAGCAGGACAGACUGAGGAACAUUCAGCUGCUGGAGCGGGAUGUGGUAGAUGGCGACAACCUCAACAAGCUCGCACUGCAGUAUGGCUGCAAGGUGGCAGAUAUAAAGCGGGUGAACAAUCUUCUGAAGGAACAGGAUUUAUUUGCACUUAAAUCCAUCAAAAUACCCGUUCAGAAACACAGCUUUUUAACAGAGAGGUACACAGAUCUCAGAGACCCUGAAGAAGAAAUGCCGUGUUCAUCCACUACACCAGCGAAGCCUCCGGAUCGAGCCAGAGCCCAGCCACAUCUGCAGGAGGUCACGGACUUUCUAAUGGAGGUGGACCAAGAUAUUGAGAAACUGAUUCAGACUACAAAUGAUCAGGAUGACGAUCUCUUGGAUAACCCGGAGAAACAGCAGAGGUUUGGUCUCAAAGGACAGCCCCUGAGCAGUCACGGUGCAGACUGGGGCAUCCAGUGGUGGAACGCCGUGGUCGCCAUGCUCCUGAUCGGGAUCGUCCUGCCUUUAUUUUAUGUAAUUUAUUUCAAAACAAAAGAUAGUGAAGUAGUUUCACCAACAAAUGGUAGCAGUGCUUUUAGUCAGUCAUCCACAACCUCUUCAAACUCCUCAGGAACAAGUACAAGUUGACCUGAGCGGUGUCAAGAACCAGGAUAGUACAGAGUCAGAUCAUUUUUAAGACUGUGGGAGUAGAUGAGUUAAGAAGUAGGUGACAAUCAAGAUAAAGCCAAAUCUUUUAACAUUUUACCUCGUGCAACACCAGCAUGUAUCAGUGAAUUUUACCUUGUAAUUCAUACGAUAACUGUGACACUUGAGGCAGAUACUUCAGUGAUUGUCUUGAAGUGAGGGCGGCACACUGAUCUGAUUUUUGUGACAAUGUAGGACACCAGCGAUUCAUCAGACAGCCGUCAUAGAGUUCUGUUUCCUGAAGUAUCACUCUUGAUACCAUUGAUCCUUAUUGUUCCUCAGGUGCUUCAAAUCUGAGGUUUGGUGCUGCAGGAAUGAGUCCUAAAAGGAUUUUAGCACUUGUGGUUCCCUCGUCUGAAAGUUAAUGGGUUUUUGGUUAGAUGAUUGAAACAAUAUGUGGUUAACAGAAGCUUAAGGGACUUUUACAUUUAUUAAUUUGUCAGUAAAUAAUCCACUUGCGAGUUUCGCAGCGUGGUGUAGUUUGUUUAUAGCAGAUUUCAUUUACCCUUCAAAAAUCAUGAAAGAGGAGUUCAUCUGUGCCUCUUACUGAACAUAAUGUGUAAGUAUCAUAAACCUUUGUUCGUCACAGAGCUUAUUUUCAGCAAUAAUCCAAAAUCGACUAAAAAAAAAAUCUCAUUGGAUUUUUGUCAAGGGAACAAGGGUGAUAUUAACUUCAAGGCUGCCCUACAAAUAAACGUCAUUCCUGCAGCACAGAAAAUACUUUGUCUGGGACAAAAACAUCUGUUGUGUGGUCUUUAUCAAAGGGCUGGGCACAAAAUCAAAUAUCAUGGUAGUCCUGAGCAAAUACCUUUAUCGAUAUUUUGAUGUGGAUAUAGUGACUAAGUGGGUAAAGGCAAAUAAAAGAACCAUCUGGUAAGGUCAUGAAAUCACAUGUCAACCUUUAAAAUCAGGAGGAUACAGCACUUGCAAUAUCCAAAAUCUAAGACGAUAUCUAGUCUCAUAUCAUGAUAACUAUAAUAUAUCAAUCAAAUGCUCAGCCUUACUUUGUCACCAUCAGUGCCUGUUGUCAGUAUCAACACAUCAAGUGUCACCAUAUCAGUGCCACAUUUGGGGUAAUCUUGAUAUCUGUCCCACUACAGUAAUAUAUUCAUAAACUUUAGCCUUACAAUGACAAACUGGGCGAAAACUGUGUGAGGUUUAGCUGUGUUUAACAUGGGUUUGAGCAUUAAUGGUGUGCCUUGUUUGACUUAACUUAUCUGUGGCUGUGUCCUCAUGCCUCCUCUCUGGGUCUGAAUACAGUGCCAAACUUGUAAAUUAUAUUUACUUGGUGCAAUAUACUUUAUCUUUUUAGCCUGAGUGUGUUCAUUUGACACUUUGCAAUCUUUAAACUGUAAGGUUUUGCAUUUUUAAAAUGACAUUUAGUCCCCUGACUUAACUAUGGGAUAUUAAAAUGCGCCUUAAACCUUUGUCAGGUUUACACAGUGCUGCACACUCAAUCUUAACAUUGUUUGAUGGGUAUUUAAGUCCACCAUGAGCAGGUGGUGAAGUUACACGGCUUGUCCAAAGCACUUUUUAAAGUCUAAUUAAUUUAAUUAUUUAAUAAAACUGGAAAAGUUAUUCUGUUGUCUAUUUAAAAAAAAAAAUUAAGUCAAUUUAUAUAAAUGUUUUUAUUCAUCUUCAUAUUUGACAACAAACUUUGUAGCAUGAAAGUGUCUCAAAAAUAUUCUGACAGUUUGGGACCUGUGAUUUUUCUCAUCUUCAUUGUCUUAUACUUGUGGAUUGAGGUUAUACACAAACACAAUGUGCUGGGAUAAGACUUUUCAUCACUGACGGCUACGGUUACAGCAGUCGACCGUAUACUAUGGUGUGAAAAUUGACGGUUAUCAUACUGUGUACAUUUGCUCAUCUAUGGUAUUGAAAGAAAAAAUGCAUCUGGAUGGAGACUCGCCUGCACAUGCACAUCUUUUUUCCUCCUCGACUGCCUGGCAGACUUUUUACACAUAAAUCAUUGGGGGAAAAUGAUUUUUAAGCUUCAGUUAUAAUAAAGCAUUUGUUCAAGCAAAAAA